GUUGCAAGUGCUCGCCGUCUUCCGCGAGGAAGCUAAAUACGGGGGUAUCGUGUGCUUAGAUUUCAACACACACAAAAUAAACCUCAGGUUGGCAAAGCCAGCGAGCAAUAGAAUGUGCUAGAUAGAACCACUGCGGUAGGCAGACAGCACCUUCAAGCUCUCAACUAACCAACCUCCCAGACGAGCAGCAACAUGACUUUUGCCGCUUGGCGACGGCUCUGCGUAAGGUCACAAUGGAGACGGUUGCAGGUCAUACACAGAGAGCUCAGCUACUACCACCGUCACCCACCGGCAGCUCCGCUUAUUUCCAUGACGAUGGCCGAUGCCAUCGACCGGGCAGCCGCUACUUACGGUGACAACGUUGCCAUCACGUCGUGUCAUCAAGGCUUAAAGAAGACGUACACCCAGUACAAAAAUGAUGUUGACCACCUGGCAGCCGGUUUUGUGUCCCUUGGCCUUCCUAUUGGCUCUGCAGUUGGAAUCAUCAUGGCCAACAUGUACGAGUGGGUUGUCGUUCUGUUUGCUGCAGCGAAAGCUGGGCUCGUUCUGGUGAACGUCAACACAGCGUGCAAGGUGCCUGAACUAGAGUACUGUCUGACUAAGAUUGACUGCCGUGCUCUCGUCAUAUCCGACAAGUUUGCCAGACAGGACUACUAUCGCAUGCUUCUCGAAAUAGCUCCAGAACUGGAAACGUCCGUAGCCGGAGAACUCAGAAGUUCAAGACUGCCACUUCUGAAGCACGUGAUCGUGAUGAGCAACGACAGCAAGCCAGGAACACUCUCGGAAGCAGACCUCCUGGACUCCGUGACCGGAGAGCACCGUCAGGAGAUGCACAAAAUCUGCUCUCGGAUGCAGUUCGACGCACCCUUCAACGUCCAGUUCACCUCGGGUACAACCGGAAAACCCAAGGGUGCCCUUCUGUCUCACUUCAAUAUUCUCAAUAACGCCUACACAGUUGGACGCAUCAUGGGUUAUCAUAAACAGCAAGACUCCCUCUGCUUGAACGUUCCUCUGGUCCACUGCUUCAGCUGUGUCGUAGGCACAAUUUGCGCUGCUCUCUUUGGAUCUACGGUGGUCAUGCCAGCUCCCAGUUUCAAUGGAACGGCCGCAUUGAAAGCUAUCUCAGCUGAAAAGUGCACAACUCUGUAUGGGACGCCGACCAUGUUCAUUGACAUGAUGCGAGAAGUGGACACUCCUGGUACUUCAAACGAUGUUUCAUCUGUCUCGAAAGGCGUCAUGUCUGGAGCUCCUUGUCCACCAGAAGUAAUUAAGGGUGCCAUGCAAAAAUUGAAUGUAAAGCGGAUGCAAAUCGUUUACGGUACCACAGAAUGCAGUCCCGUUAUUACAGCAACUGACCCCAGCGAACCUCUCGAGAAAUGGAUACACACUGUUGGAAAAGCAAUCGACCACGUCGAGGUAAAGAUCGUGGACAGGGAGAAUCGUAUAGUCCCGUUCGGCACGAUAGGAGAACUGUGUGCCAGGGGUUACCUUGUCUUCCCUGGUUACUACGGGGAUGAGCAGAAGACGCGAGAAUCAGUCGAGAACAACUGGUAUCAUACUGGCGACGAAGCCACUAUGAGCGAGGAUGGUCACGUGACAAUUUACGGACGUAUGAAAGAUAUGAUCAUCCGCGGAGGUGAAAACAUUUACCCGCGAGAGAUUGAAGAUGUUCUCUACACUCAUCCACAUAUUGGAGAAGUGCACGUCUGCGGCGUUCCAGAUGCCCGACUGGGCGAAGAAGUUUGUGCGUGGAUCAAAACGAAAACUCGGAAGACUUUAGAAGAAGACGAUGUUAAAAGCUUCUGCAAGGAAAGAUUGAGCUACUUCAAGGUUCCCAAGUACAUCGUGUUCGUCGACGGCUUUCCCAAGACUGUAACUGGCAAAAUCCAGAAGUUCAAAAUGCGAGAGGAAUCGGUACUUAAGUUGAAGCUAAAAGAAUGAACAAAUCUCAGAUUUCA